AUGGCUCCCAUGUUCAGCAAGUUUGUUGACGGCGAGAUUUCUCCCAAGUCUCCCCGACCUGCGCCUGGAGGGGAGCACCAGAAUCCAUGCGAAGAGCACGAUGCAAUCGAAACUCAGCAAUGCCUCAAAAUGACUCAGCUCACAUCCACAAAUCAACACCCGACACUUAAACUCCGAGUGCCAGAGCUGCUCAACCCUCAGUUAGUUCAAGCUGAGAUGGAGCUUUUCGAUGUAAACACAUUCGAAAAUGAACUCAUCGGAAUGAUGGCUCGGCUCAAGUCAAAGGAUUGGACCAAUGAACGGGCGGGGCUCACUCUGGGCAAUGGACAACUGAGGCUGGAGAUCCAGGACUGGCGGACCCCUUCCCCGACAUUCAUUGUGAAGAAUAACCCCACAAGUAGCCCCAAGUGCGAUCUUGAGGCAAUCAUGACAGAGUCCGAUAUCAUACGUAUUGACUUCAAGGUCCCUAUCGAUUACCCAGAUGGCAUGAAGGGGUUCAUGAGAUCGAUUGAAGCACUCUUCAUAUCCCCAAAGGAUAUUUCCAUGAGCAACAUCGAGACUGGUUCCACGCCGGCUUAUCGAGAGUCGAAGAACCCGAAGAGAGACAGCUAUUACAUCAAAUGGACAACCCCAUGGGAAACAUCCGGCUGCCGAGUAAGCUGGAUGAAGGCAGAAGAAGAUUCACAGAUCAUAAAGUUCAGGUUUGUUAGUGGGAGGGAUGCGAGACGUGGGGAGCAGUUGAUGGUUACUGUUGAUGAGAAUGACGAGUUUUAUCAAAAGAUCUCUAACAAAGACCCUAACACUUACGGCAAAUGGAUGGCACUUCCGGUCCGCGUUUGGCUGCGCAUUCAAUGGCUGAUGGCAAAGACUGGCGACAUAGACAACCAAUUGUUUGGGAAGUUGCCUAAAAAGAACAAAGGCAAGAAGCAAUCAAAGAGAUUGACAAAGAGAGCCCGGGAAUCUUCCAACAUUGAAGAAGGAAGCUCAGGGGACGAAAAGUCAAAUGCCUCGGUUGUGCCAAGUCCUGAGCCGCCAGUGUUGGGGCAAGAACAUACGAUGAAGACAGUGGGAAGUCAGGAGUUGGCCAAGGAAGAGUCGACCCAGCAAGAGUUGACCAAGAGGGUUUCUACACUCAGAAUUGAUACCCAGCAGAGCAACAAAAAGUCAAAGGGCAAGGGUAAGAACAAGGGAAAGUGCACACCUAGUUCGUCUGGCUCGUCUGGCCCCAACACAGGAAAGAAGGCAGAUCAGUUCACAGAACGUGGUGACCGUUUACUUCCGGGAGUGCAGGACAUCGCUCGACAGGAUGUCCCGACUGAGCAGCAACUUGCGGCAGUGGCUGGCCAACAAACAGUCAAUGCCUCCCGGCUGCCUACCCCUAUUGACUUGACUACCCCAUUGUCUUCAUCAUUCGAGACAGCCCGAACCCACCUCUCCCCCCAGACUCCCCUCCCCUCAUCCUCACUUUCAUGUUUCUUCACACCUACGAGCAUCACAUGGAAGAAAACCGAGGAUGAUGGGGAUGGGGAAGUGAAUGCGGAAAAAAAUGAGCCAGCAGAGAUUUCAGAUCAGCUGUGCCUUACUCUGUGGGGGGAUGAGGUUGGGCUUCGGGGCACUGUCUCGAAGAACGGGGAUGAGGUGUGGUUCUCUGACCCUGAAGAGUACCUUGACGGCCACAAAGCGCAGGAACGGGUCUUGCGUCGAAGUGAGUCUUUUGAUGUGGCCAGUCUAGGGCGAUUCAAGGGCCUGGAAAUCGCAUCCUCGUCCCCAACGGCCGACCCUCCAUUGUCCUCUCGUGCCUCUUCUAACCCAUCUACCACAGACUCGGCUGGGGUUGGGUCAGAUGAACCCAGCUCAGAUGGCACCGUCCAGCCAGACGACCAAACUCUAGCCGAGUCUAGCCGAUGUGGGAAGAAGGAUGCAUACAAGAGGAGGAAGCAGGAAAGGCGGAGGCGCACGAACUUGUUGAAACGUCAGCAAGAGCGCAAUGCGGACCUCGAGCCCUCCAUUUCCAGUGCUUCCUCCCAGGGCGAUGGAGUGGAAGGUCGUUCUCCGUCUCCACCCGAGUCGCCGGAGGAUGAAGAACCAACUCCCACAGCCAAGCAGUUCGGCAACAUCGGGACUCCAUCCCCUGAAUCGCAGUGGGACUUCGGCAGGAUCGCCGUGCUUUGCGAGAAGCAAGGCUGCCAAGUCCUCUGUGCUUUCGGGGAUGGAGUCUCCGUUGUUUGCCCUAAGUGCGGACCGUUUUCCGAGGUCCGCUACUGCGGCAAUGGCCACCUGUGGGAGGAUGCCAAGAUGCACUGGCUGGUCUGCGGGACCCGACCAGUCUACCAGCACCAGCUCUUGGCCGGUUCGAUUCCAUACGACGUUCUCGUGGGUCCACCAAUGCUUCCCAGCCUUCACCAGUGGGAUACCCCUGAGCGCCAUCGUCAGGCGGUGUGGUUCAGUUCCGCCCGCGACCGAGGUGACUACUUCGUGUUCGCGGAGUGGGACGACCUGGUGAAGGCUGCGGACGCUCCAGCCAGUCACGUAGGGCUGCGAUGUUCACCUCGAAUCGCACACAUUGUGCAAUUCGAGGACGCCGAAGAGAAGGACCGGUUCCGCCGGUGCCUUGCAAUUUGUCUCUUCUCGGCGGUUGAACAUCCAGCCCUCGUGGACUAUCUUUACCGGCUUGUCCGGGACUGGAUGCGGGCCCACAACAUGUGGGCCAGUGACAAGGACAUGGACAGCAUGUUGCGUUACCAGAUGGGACUCGAGAUGGGUAACUCCCUCGAUAUGAGCCGUCUUGGUUUGCGGCAUGCUUGUGAGACGGAGUGGGUCGGUGCCAACCGAUGUCACUGCGAGGAUUCGACCUGCGCGAGCGAGCGUCGCCCCACGUUGCUCGGUAACCAGUGUAGGGGGUUGGGCUUCCGGAGAGUGUGCGAAUACCUCGAAUCCAAUUAUUGGAUUCUGAGGGCGCACCGAGCCACCCAUCCUUCGGUGAGCGACGUGGUGGCUCGCACGUGUGGGGGAGGAUUCUCGGAGGUCCUUUCAACGGACCGGCGGACUUUCUGCCGCGGCGAAGGUUGGGACGGGGCGGGAACGGGCCCCAUGGAGCUGGAGAUGCCGUGA